AAAAAAGUUAAAAAGAAAUUAGUGAUAGCAGAGAAAUUGUAAACUAAUACAGCCAAAGUUGUAACCAAGUGAUUUAUUGUUAAAAAAUGUAUUUAUGUACAUUUAACAACAAAUAAUGCCACAGCAACAACACCUUAACAAAAUAAACAAAAAAAGUGAAAAAAACAAUGUAAACAAAGAAAAAGUAUAGACAAAAUAUAAAAAGAAAAACAAUAAUAAUAAAUUUCAAAUAAUUAAAUAAUGAUAGAUGUUAAAAAAAACAGAAAUAAUUUUCAAAAAUUUCCAUUACUCAAGCAAAGAUGUAAUCCUGUAAUAGCAGUUAAACCAAAAACUGCUGUAAGAACCUCACAACAACCAACGACGACGACCACUCUUAAAAAUAAUACUAAAAAUCAACCAAACAAUUCUACAACAUUAACAAAAUCAAUACAUUCCACGAAAGCAGCAAGUCCCUUUAAAUGCAACGACAUUCCAACAAAUUCCAAUCCUGUAAGAGAAGCUAAUCAGCAAUUUUUCUUAGUUCCGGAAUUCAAAGAUCAAAAUUUUCUGAAAGCUGAGUGUGAAUUGGCACAUGCUCAAGUUUAUAAACCCUCAACAACCGAAAAAACAUCAAAUAAGAAAUUUUUGCCUGUGGUCAUUGAUAAUCGUCGUUCGAUCAAUAAUAUUACAAAUAGGUUUUCAUCGACUAAUAAUAAUUUGCCAGGGAAGUCAGCAGCUUUAGCUGCCACAAUAAAUGGGAUGCGACGAACUGGUAAUGGGAGUCAUUUGGGAACAACCACAGCGGUUGCCACGUCUAUCAAUAAGGCCAACUACUCUGGAUCACAGUUCAAAGGAUUAUCAUCUGCCACAGCCACAUCAUCAUCAUCAUCCACAUCAUCGUCUUCAACACCAGGCACCUCCAAUUCAUCCGCUAUUAAGAAAUCCUCAUCCAUCUAUACCACAACAAAUUCCUCCUAUAGUUCAGCAAAAUUAUUAUCACGCACCACAGUAAAACCGUUGGUGCAUCGCAGUGGCGCUACAACGUCAACAGCAGCAUCAGUUACACACUCAGCUAGUGGCGCCUUGUCGUCAUCAUCGUCGUCUUCGUCCCCAAACCAAAGUAAUAAUAACAACAAUAACGGUAGUAAUAGUAGCUUAAAUAGUAUAACAAAUUCCGGCAAUAACAAUAUGCAGACGUCUUUGGAUCAAGACGACAUUAAAUUCAUCGACAGUGAUGAGCAGCCAACAACGGGACCCAUGAUGUCCGAGCGUAAAUGCGAACAACCACGUUGUUGUUUAAAUCAUUCACACAGUUCUGGCGUAACCAAAAGUCGAGUCAGACCCAAGUCAACAAUUAUAUGUUCCACGUCGUCUGCCACAGCCACCUGCUCUGCGUCAUCGGCAAACAGUUUGGUUUUCGAAAAGGUCAACAACUACAAAUACGCCAAUGGUAGUUUACCCACGUCUGCCACCGAAAGACGCAAUGAAACGCCCAUUGACUCGAGUAGUAUUCGAGCGUCUAUUGAAAAAUUCAAUAGUUAUAGUGAACAGAAACGUUUACCGCUUAGCUCGGUAACGCUGCGUUCACACAGUGGCAGUGGCAGCACUAGUAAUUUACAACAUCACCGGCACAGCAGUGAUUUGGACAAUUGUAACCUGCGACUACCGAGUGGCGGUGGUGGCUCCUUAACUCGUACACCUUAUCGCAGUUCCGGCUCAACGGCUGGCAAAGUCAUCACUAGUAUUUAUCCGAAUGCCUCGGCUGCUGUAUCUUCGGCUUCGGCGCGCCAUCAUCACCAUCAUCAUCAUGCGCUAAGCAGUAGUCCGAGUAGUACUGGUAGUCUGCCUCUAAAAUCGAGUAAACAUUAUGUCCAAUCGGAAGAUUCAUCAUAUACAGGACUCUCCAGUUCUGUUGAUGGUGAUGUGAGCAAAAAGAAAUUAACCUCCAUAUCCGGUGGUCUUUGUAAUAACACAGACGACAACAGUGUUCGCAGUUCAGCAACUCUACGAAGUGUUCUACCGCCGGCUUCACCCACAUCAUCUCGUUACUAUGAUAGGGACAGCUCAAGAUCAGCAUUGUUGACUUCCUCAACGUCUCAUAAUCAUACAGACGAAAAUAAGAAAUCAACAGCUAGUGAUGAAGAAACUGAAGGCCUAUGUGGACUGAGAAAUAUCGGAAAUACAUGUUUUAUGAACUCCGUUAUUCAGUGUCUUAGUCACACAUAUGAAUUGACAAAAUACCUACGAAAUUAUAGCGCCACUAAAUCUCCAACGUCCAAGGAUCAACAAAUUUUAUAUGAAUUUUCCAAAUUAAUUAAGGAAAUGUGGACAAAUAAUGUAAAUAGUGUUACACCCAUGGAAUUAAAACGAUCCUUCUCCGCCAAACAUCGCAUGUACAGUGAUUACAAUCAACAAGACGCUCAAGAAUUCUUACGAUUCUUUUUGGAUUCGUUGCAUGGUGCCCUCAAUUCUGGUGCUAAAGGUGAUCAUUUAAAAAUAGAUGAUAACUUAAGCGACAAUAAAAAGGCCGAACUUACUUGGGAUUGGUAUGGCCGCCAUGAGAAUUCUUUAAUACGUGACUUAUUUGUGGGUCAACUUAAGAGUACUUUGAGAUGUACCACCUGCGGCAAUUGCAGUGUUACUUUUGAUCCUUUUUGGGAUUUAAGUGUUCCGCUGCCUUCCUCGUCGCGUUGCAAACUCGAUGCCUGUCUUGAUUUGUUUAUACGUGAGGAAGUUUUGGAUGGUGAUGAAAUGCCCACAUGUUCAAAAUGUCAAACACGGCGGAAAUGUACGAAAAGUUUUACAAUUCAACGAUUUCCAAAGUAUCUUGUUAUACAUUUGAAACGUUUCUCUGAAACACGCUGGAGUAAAUUAUCGAAUAUUGUUGAGUUUCCAACGGGUGAGCGUGAAUUGAAUAUGGGUCCCUAUGGUGCAAAUACCAAUUCAAAUAUUAACUAUUCUUUAUACGCUAUUUCAAAUCAUAUGGGCUCAACCGCUGGUGGCCAUUAUGUGGCUAUUUGCAAACAUCCUGUCUCAAAGAAAUGGCAUGAAUUUAAUGAUAAUCUUGUGAGUGAUUCAUUGUCUGAACAUCAUCUUGUCUCGUCCAGUGCCUAUAUAUUGUUCUAUGAACGUGCGUAAGUGGUUAUGAUGAUAAACUUCCUCGUGCAUAUUAAAAACACAAAAACGAAAUGAAUAACAAAACAGAAAAA